ACACGCUUUGUGAUCCCCUAAUAAGGUUAAUGCGAGUUUCUAGAGUGAUCUGUCUUUGUCUGAGUACUGGGCAGCCAGCAGGGAGAUUCAGACACCAGCCGUGAGCGGGUCCCUCUUUCCCAGCUUGCCAGCAGGCUCCGUGCUCCUAGAAGCAAACGCUCCAGAGGCUCCGGACGCCGCGGCUGGAUUGGAGACGACAUGGGUUCCUCAGGGGACGACGGCUAUCGCCUCCUCAAUGAGUACACCAAUGGCUUCAUGGUGUCCCAGGUUCUCUUCGCCGCUUGCGAGCUGGGGGUGUUCGACCUUCUCGCCGAGGCCCCAGGGGCCCUGGACGUGGCAGCAGUGGCUGCAGCUGUGGAGGCCAGCCCCCACGGGACAGAGCUCCUGCUGGACACCUGCGUGUCCCUGAAGCUGUUGAAAGUGGAGACGAGGGCAGGAAAAGCUUUCUAUGAAAACACAGAGCUGUCCAGCGCCUACCUGACCAGGGUCAGCCCAACAUCACAAUGCAACCUGCUAAAGUACAUGGGCAGGACCAGCUAUGGGUGCUGGGGCCACCUGGCAGAUGCUGUGAGAGAAGGAAAGAACCAGUACCUGCAGACGUUUGGCGUUCCCGCUGAAGACCUUUUUACAGCCAUCUACAGGUCUGAGGGCGAGCGGCUGCAGUUCAUGCAAGCUCUGCAGGAGGUCUGGAGCGUCAACGGGAGAAGCGUGCUCACCGCCUUUGACCUUUCGGGGUUCCCACUUAUGUGCGACCUUGGUGGGGAUUUCUUUAAAGACCCUCUUCCGGAAGCAGAUCUGUACAUCCUGGCCAGGAUCCUCCAUGACUGGGCAGAUGGAAAAUGUUCACACCUGCUGGAGAGGGUCUACCAUACUUGCAAGCCAGGUGGUGGCAUUCUGGUAAUUGAAAGCCUCCUGGAUGAAGACAGGCGGGGCCCUCUGCUCACGCAGCUCUACUCUCUGAAUAUGCUUGUGCAGACAGAAGGGCAGGAGAGGACCCCCACCCACUACCACAUGCUCCUCUCCUCUGCUGGCUUCAGAGACUUCCAGUUUAAGAAAACAGGAGCCAUUUACGAUGCCAUUUUAGUCAGGAAAUAACUUUUUCUUGUGAUCUGGAACUACUGUCAAAGCACGCAAGACAUAAUAAUAAAGAGAUGUAUCUC